GAAAUAAAGAAAUCAAUCAAUUCUUUUUUCUUUGACUCGGUGGCACGAUGAAUAUAAUAGGAUGUCACUUUGGAAAACUGGACAUACAGAAUCCUACGGGGUGGGCAUAUCUGCAAACCCUGGUGAUCUUAUCUGCGUUUUGGUCAGCACAUAAACCGUGCUCUGUUGUUAGACAGAAAAAACAAGAGGCAACCAAACUUCCGGACGAGUCACAAGAAAAAGAAAAAGAAAAAGAAAAAAACCGAAACCCACCGCUGUUCAUUCAUUCAUUCAUUCAUUCAUCCAUUCACCCAUUCACUUAUUUAGUCAUUCGUUCAUUAAAUAAUUUCCUUCUUGUCUAUUAAAUCGCCGUCGCGGCUGGACCGAAAUUUCAAGACGUUCUUUUUUAAGGUCUAGAGAUCAGCCAUAUACUGCCAUAACUGCCAUAUCUGCCAUGGGGAUUCAAUGGUGGGAGGAUUUCGGCGACAAACAUCCUAAAGUUCAUGACACUCUGGCCAACGCGGCAUACGCCAUAAAACCGUAUCUGCCCCCAGUCAAUUAUAUCACGCUGCACUAUGCGUACUUCAUCGGCACCACGAUCGUGGCCACGCUCAUCUUCUGGGGCGCUUCGGCCCCGAAGUACAGCGUCGGGUGGUGGGAUAGCAUGUUCAUGGUCAUGUCGGCGCUGACUGCGUCCGGGCUCAACACCGUCAACGUCAGCCAGUUGACGACGUUCCAGCAGGUGGAGCUGUGCGUGUUGAUGAUGAUUGGGAGCCAGGUGUUGAUCUCGUACGUUACGAUCGCGUUUCGGAAACAUAUCUUCGAGAAGCGGUUCGAGGAUAUCGUCAAGAUGGAACGCGAGAAGCGGAAGAAGAAGGUGUCGGGAACCGGUGCUAUCGUCGGCAUGACGGGUGCUAUGUUUGGGCUGCAGGUCAUGUCGUCGUUUGGAAAGGGGCGCGCCGGCGAGAAGGCCCGGCCUACUGGCCACGUGAGGAACCUGUCUUCGUCAACCAGGAGGGCGCUUGCUGCCGAGGAGGGAACUAUUUCAGAGAUCGACGUCGAAAAUGCGAGGGGCCAGCACCACGUUGGUUUCCUGGAGCCCGUCCAAGAGGGCAAAUCCCUCGAAGGCCACUCGGCGACAACCGCGCAUUCGAUCUACCAGACGCAAUCUCACCAGAGCGGAGCGACGAGACGACGCUCUGGAACGGCGGAAUCGAGGACGGCGUUCGAGGGGUUCAACGUGCAGACGUUUCUAACCGAGCAGAAGCGCAACAUCGGGAGGAACGGGCAGUUCUUCAACUUGUCGGAGGACCAACGAGAGUACCUCGGCGGCGUCGAGUACCGCUCGCUCAAAUUCCUGUCUUUCUUCGUCAUCGUCUACUUCCUGCUGUGCCAAUUCUUCGGCGCCAUCGCUCUCGGCGCCUGGAUGUCCGUCUACGCAGCCGACACCGCCGCCGUCAACGCCCAGAACCCGUGGUGGGCGGGCAUCUUCCUGGCCAUAUCCUCGUACAACAACGCCGGCUUCACGCUCCUGGACGCCGGCUUCAUACCCUUCCAGUCUUCGUAUUUCCUGCUCGUCGUCGUCACGCUGCUGUCGCUCGCGGGCCCCGCGGCUUUCCCGGUUUUCAUGCGGUUUAUAAUAUGGAGCAUGUCGACCCUCCUGAAUCUUUGUUCCAAAGAUAGGGAGUACGGCGUCUGGAAGGAGGGCUUCGACUUUAUCCUGAAGUUCCCUCGUCGCGUGUAUACCAGUUUGUUUCCGGCCAAGGAUACUUGGAUGUUUGCGGCUACGUUUGGAGCGUUUGUGAUAGUGGAUUGGGUCUUGAUUCUGCUUCUCAGCAUUGGAAAUCCGACUAUGGAUGCUAUUCCCGUCGGCCAGCGGAUCUUUGACGCGCUCUUCCAGGGAUUCUCGAUUCCUUCGGGAGGAUAUGCCAUAGUAUCACCCUCAGCCAUGUACUUCGACAUUCUAGUACUUUGGCUCGUCGUGUACUAUACAGCGGCCUACCCCCACAUCAUCACCAUGCGAAACUCCAACGUCUACGAAGAACGAUCAUUGGGUAUCUACGAAGGCGACCAACCUGAGGAGGAACAACUCCACUCUGCAAGCAGCAGUAUCGUCGAGGAAGAUGCUGCCAACAUCCUAGAUGAAGCCGGACUCCAGCCAGUCACGACCAACAAUAAGAACUGGGACGCGGUCUCGCGAGCGCCGACUACCAAAUCCAUCAAGAUGCUCUAUUCUGUCGGUCGACGCGGCACAGCAUUCGUAGGCCGCCAGCUCCAGCGUCGUAUGACGGCCUUCCAAGGCGUCGGCGUCUCCGCGCCCGCGCCCGCACCGGCGAUCAAGCCGCUCAGCCGGGCCAAAACUAUGGACUUCGGGCGAGCCUCGGUGCACUCUCUCCUCAACCACCCGCCGGCCGGCCCCCCCAGCUUAGUCUCGCAGCAGGUGCGCGGCCAGCUCAGCCACGACGUGUGGUGGAUCGCGCUGAUGCUCUUCCUCAUCACGCUCAUCGAGACGAGCCACUCGCUCACCGACCCGGUCUCGUACAGCGUCUUCAACAUCUUGUUCGAGAUCGUCUCGGGCUACACGAAUAUCGGCAUCAGUAUCGGCCUGCCCGACCAGAGCUACAGCUUGAGCGGGGGCAUGCACACGGGAAGCAAGAUCAUCAUGAUCUUGGUCAUGCUGAGAGGUCGGCACAGAGGCCUGCCCGUCGCGCUGGACAGGGCCAUUCGGCUGCCGGGGAAGAAACUUGCCGAGUACGAGGAGGAGGACGCCGAGAUCCGGAGCAUGUCUGCUUUUUCGCGUUGAGCUUAGCGCCAUGAUUGUUUUGAAUACGAACGAUGCUAUCAGCAUGCUUCGUAGAUAAAUCGGGUGCUUUGACGUCUAACAGUCGCCACUAAAUAUUUUAUGUUUUUCCUUUGUCGUAUUCUUCACCCCUUUUUUAGAUCUGUUUUCUAUCGAGAUAUCAACGCGAUUAGACGGAGUAAUAGAGGCAAGUAUUGCGGUUCAAGGGCCAGGGACAUAUUUGAACUUUGGCUUGAGAUUAAUCAGGCGUUAUAAGCGAGCGGGCAAUACACACACACGGUUACGAAAUAUAGAAGUUAUUGAAUUCAUCAGAGGCUCGCCUUAGUCAUAGUUAGUACGUAUGAUAACUAGAUUUUAUCAUGCGUAAGACAUAGAGCUAUACCCUUACUGGGCUUUACUGCUAGUUACGAGAAUGAAAAGAUGUUUUCUCGUAUGAGCUUAGUAUGAGAGUGUUCUUAAUACUCAGGUGUCUAGGUGCUUCUCCU